AUGAUUCUGAGGUCAGAACUACUCAUACUAUCCUAUUUGCUCGUAUCCCCGUCUUGGGCAGCAGAAACAAGGGCGUCCGAGUCGUCACGGCCCCGAGGCGUCGGUCCUGAAUUUGCAAAAUUCUACAAGGGUUCGCCGCCACAUACCUUCACAUGCAUCUCAAACCCCUCGAUCUCCAUCCCCUUCUCCCGCGUCAAUGACGACUUCUGCGACUGCCCCGACGGCUCAGAUGAACCGGGCACCUCGGCAUGCUCCUAUCUCUCACCCUUAUCUCCUCCACAAUACCACCCGGGACCAGACGCACCUGCCGGCGUGUCGAUAAACAGCACGCCUGCGUUACCGGGGUUCUACUGCAAAAAUAAAGGCCACGUCCCCGCAUAUCUGAGGUUUGAGAGCGUGAACGAUGGCAAAUGCGACUAUGACGUAUGUUGUGACGGAUCAGAUGAGUGGGCUAGUGUCGGGGGCAUCAAGUGUGAAGAUCGGUGCCAACAGAUCGGCAAAGAGCAUAGGAAAAUUGAAGAGGCGCGCCAGAAGAGCCUCAGGGCGGCGUUGAAGAGGAAAUCCCAACUCGCGGCGGAGGCCGCGCGGCUAAAGAAGGAAGUCGAGAUGAAGAUCGAGGAUGCGGAGAUCAAAUUGAAAGGGUUUCAGAUCAACGUCAAAGAGGCUGAGGAGAAUCUGAAGGAGGUUGAGAGGAGGGAGAAGUUAAAAGUCAUAAGAGGACAAGCUGGAGGGAAAGGUGGCGGCAAGAUGGGCGUCCUUGUCGGCCUGGCGAAAUCCCGAAUCGACGAAUUGAGGAGCCAUUUAGACAAGACGAGGUCCCAAAGAGACAGCAUGGUCGCGCGGAUCACCGAGUUAGAAGGCAUUCUCGCCUCGCUCAAGGACGAACAUAACCCCAACUUCAACGAUGACGGGGUGAAACGCGCCGUUCGCGGAUGGGAAGACUACGCCGCGAGAGACACGGAUGAUACAUGGACCGAGGCCGAGGACCGCGACCUCGACGCCGUGAUUGUGGAAGACAGUGAGACAAACGGGAUUAAUUGGGCCGAGUUCGAGGACGAUUCAUCCGCAGAGGCAGAGUCAGACGUGGCGGCGCUCUACCAAUUCAGCGCUUACUUACCACAAUCGCUCCGCAUAUGGCUCGAUGAGACCCUUUCUUCGUUCCGCAAGGUCCUGGUUGAAAAUGGUAUCUUAGCCGACACGUCCAGUGACUCCUCUGCCACUGCGCAAGAGUCAAAGGCCGUGCAGGACGCAAAAAAGACGCUUUCCGACGCCGAACGGGACGUGCGCAAUGCCGAAAACGACAUCAACCGGUUCCGCGAGGAUCUCGAGAAAGACUAUGGUCCCGAAGGCAUUUUCCGCGCGUUGAAAGAUACCUGCAUUUCCAAGGAUAGCGGCGAGUAUGAAUACGAGCUGUGCUUCAUGUCCUCGACGAAGCAAAAGCCCAAGAAAGGAGGGGCUCACACCGGGAUGGGCAAUUUCGUGGGGUUUGACACGGAAUAUGUCGAUGAACCGUCAGCCACCGAUGGCAAGGGACUGGGCACGGGCGAGAGAUUGGUCAUGAAAUACGAGAACGGGCAGCACUGUUGGAACGGACCGCACAGGAGCACGAGGGUCAUUCUUGCCUGUUCGGAAAACGAGGAGAUUUGGAAAGUCAGCGAGAGCGAAAAGUGCGUCUACCGCAUGGAGGUUGGGACCGCAGCGGUGUGCGAAUCGCCCUCCUCCCCGAAGAAAAAUAGUGAAGCAAAGGUUGAACAUGGGGGGGAGACGAGGAAAGACGAGCUGUAA